AGCCACGUUGCCAUCUCCAUCGGCAUUGGGCUAAAAAUGGUAUUUUCUGUCCCUUUCUCGUUUAGGUUUGUAAGUUAUAACUUACUUAAAAUAGUAAAUAAAGACAAAUCAGAAUUUCACAAUCAUCAAAUCUAUCUCCAACACCGUUCUAUGGGUUCCACCUCCAAGUACCGAGAAUCCAAGUAGAUCAGACCGCUACAUCACAGGCCCUCACGGUCUGAAAAACACACUCUGCUAUCUGCAUUCCAGGUCAAGUGGGUCUCCUCUCUCUUCUAGGCAAAGAUAAAGACAGAGCGUCCUCUGUUCUUCCAUCUGAGAGAGACACAGAUUCUUCACAGAAACAGGCAAUGAAGUCAGAGACGUUGACGCUUGUGUUGGUGAAUCUGGCGGGGAUUAUGGAGAGAGCAGACGAGUCAUUGCUACCCCGGGUCUACAAGGAGGUUGGUGCUGCUCUUCACACGGACCCAACUGGGUUGGGUUCACUAACUCUGUAUCGAUCCGUUGUGCAAACUGCUUGCUACCCACUUGCGGCAUACUUUUCUGUUCAUCACAAUCGCGCCAAUGUCAUUGCCGUUGGUGCCAUUCUCUGGGCUGCAGCAACUUUUCUUGUCGCCGUCUCCUCUACUUUCUUCCAGAUGGCAGUUUCAAGAGGUUUGAAUGGGAUUGGACUAGCCCUAGUCACACCAGCCAUUCAGUCCCUUGUUGCUGAUUCAACUGAUGAGAGCAAUCGUGGUAUGGCAUUCGGAUGGCUACAACUAACAGGAAACCUUGGUUCCAUCCUUGGUGGGUUUUGUUCUGUCCUUAUAGCCUCACAAUCCUUCAUGGGUAUUCCUGGUUGGAGAAUUGCUUUCCAUCUCGUUGGAAUAGUUAGUGUUAUAGUUGGUCUUUUGGUCCAUAUCUUUGCUAAAGACCCUCACUUUUCUGAUCGUAGAUCUAUGGAGAAAACUCCACGGCAGCCAUUUUCAGAUGAAUUGAAGGACUUACUGAAGGAAGCAAAAUCAGUCAUAAAUAUACCUUCUUUCCAAAUAAUUGUGGCUCAGGGGGUCAUGGUCAUCGGAACAUUCCCCGGAUCAGCUUGGUCAUUUGCCACAAUGUGGUGCUUAGGCAAUGGUUGA